AUGCCCCGGUCGCUGCUGCUCUCCCGCACCUUUUGUCCGCGUCUCGGACCUCCUCCGUCCCCACUGCAGCCUUUGUCUCUUCUUCCUCCAAGUUCCUCACUUCUGGGCGAAGUGCUCCCGGGCGGAGAACAGCUGGUGGCACAUUCUUCCCGGGCUGGGGGAGGGCGGCAAGGGGCUGGCGACGCGCCUGCCUCCCUCUGCCUUCCGCCGGGGGCGCUCGGUUCGAGCAGGGCACUGCGGAUCACCAGCGCGCCAGCAACGGUGAGCACUCCGGCCCCAGGCGCAGCCGGCUCUCGCCAGCUCCAGGGUCUCGCUCACCGCUCUGCUCCGCCGCCCCGCCCACAGGCCACGCCCCCGACACAGAGCCACGCCUCCACGAGUAGAGCCACGCCUCCUCUGAACCUGCCCCGCCCCGGAAGCUCCUCCUACAACCUGCGGAGACUGAGGGUCCUGCUCUCAACUACCCCGCCUGCUCCGACGCCUGGUCACGCCCACUGCAAUCCCGCCCGCAGCCUGCUCCGGCUUCCCACACGCCGCACCCUCGAGCAUUACCACCCAGACCACGCCCACCGGAUGCCCGGCCCCGCCCCUAGGAGCCCCGCCCUCAGCCUUCCCUGUGUGCGGCCGGCGCGCGGGCUCCGGACAAUCACCUAG